AGUAACUACAUCAAGCUGUGACCUGUCUUUCCACACUUCGUUCUUUCCUUGAUUUCUAUCCUGCCGUGCUGGUUCUCGGUCUCAGAACCUUCCACGAUACCCGUGGUCACUAAUUCAUAAUUUCAAUGUUCAAGCGAAAUCCAGCAUCAUCCGACAUUGACGAGAAUGACACCAUAGACCCACAACUACGUCUCCGUACCGUGCGCACAGCAGCUUCCACUAUCGCAGAGUCUAUACGCUCGGAGAUCAAAGCGGCAAAGAGGCGAAAUGUUAACCAGAAGAGAUCUCUGUUUUUUCGGAAGAAACCAAAGACUACCGAGUCAGUCCCAUCGGUGGGGCCCUCAGAGGCACCCUCUGCCCCGCAAUCUCGCAUUCAGGGUGCGCGCAGGAAUGUCUAUGUCAACCAACCACUGUCCGCUAUGGAAGCCGAUCAGUAUGGCGAACCACUUGCCCGGUACGCGCGGAACAAAGUUCGCACAAGUAGGUACACACUCUUGACCUUCCUGCCGAAGAACCUCUUUGAACAAUUUCACCGAAUCGCCAAUAUCUACUUUUUGGCGCUCGUGGUUUUCCAACUGUUCCCCGUAUUCGGUGCUGCAUCCGCGCAGACAGCCGCUCUCCCUCUCUUGUUCAUUUUAGUCGUCACAGCAGUCAAGGACGGCGUUGAAGAUUACAGACGAGCUCAACUAGAUGAAGAAGUGAACACGUCUGCAGUGACACGACUAGGGGAGUGGCGUAACAUAAACCAAGCCAUUGAUCCCCGACCAUGGUAUCAACGCCUGCUACACAUAAAUGCUCCUGGAAAAAUCACUCGCGGUGUGCAGAAAUUACGGGAGAAGGAAGCUGGUGAGGGAAAGCAGAUCAUCUUAAGCAAGGGUAGCGAGGGCAGGGGCAGCAUGAGUACCACAGACAUGAACGACAGCAUUACAGCCUUAGGCGGAUCACACCCUCCCACAGGUGCCGGUGGCAGGGAGCUCGAGGACAUCGAGGGCAGCAUUAAUCUAGAAACCCAUACCUACCCUCCAGGGCUCCCAGGCAGACGAGCUUGGAGGCUGGGGUCAGCACAGUAUCAGUCGAUUCCUUCACGGUCAUCUCUGGGCGUGGUAGAUUGGAGCCGGCGCACGAAUGGGACAGCACGCUGGGAGAGGACAUUAUGGAAGAAGCUAGAGGUCGGAGACAUCGUGCUGCUGCGAGAGGAUGAACAGGUUCCUGCUGAUGUCGUCGUAUUGUCGACGUCUGAUGCAGACGGACUGUGCUACCUCGAAACCAAGAACCUUGACGGCGAAACGAACCUCAAGGUACGGAAGGCGCUACAUGCUACCUCAUCCCUCAGCUCGGAAGAAGACAUCGAAAAAUCCUCGUUCGUCCUGGAUUCAGAACCUCCGCACCAGAACUUGUACAUAUACAAUGGGGUUUUGCGAUACACCGACGCUGCCACGGGCGAAUCUCGUAGAGAGGCUGUCAGCAUCAAUGAGCUACUCCUUCGUGGCUGCACCGUGCGGAACACCGCAUGGAUUAUCGGACUGGUCGUCUUCACCGGCCCCGACACCAAGAUCUACUUGAACGGUGGACGGACGCCGUCCAAGCAAUCGAAGAUCGCGAAGGAGACAAACUUCAACGUCAUAGUCAACUUCAUUUUCUUGGUCACCAUCUGUUCUAUAUCAGCGAUCAUCAACGGCGUCAUGGAUGGGCUAACAACCACGAGUACGUAUAUCUACGAACAAGGCGUCGAAUCCUCCAGUUCAAACGUGCUCAACGCGCUCGUUACUUUUGUCUCGUGUCUUAUCGCCUUCCAGAACAUCGUCCCAGUCUCCCUAUUCAUCUCUAUAGAAAUCGUCAAGACCAUCCAAGCCUAUUUCAUCGCUCAAGACUUGGACAUGUACUACAAACCCUUCAACACCGCCUGUGUCCCAAAGAACUGGGGUAUCUCUGACGACCUCGGACAAAUCGAGUACAUAUUCUCCGACAAGACCGGCACGCUGACACAAAACGUGAUGGAGUUCCAAAAAUGCUCGGUGCACGGCGUCAUUUAUGGUGAGGGUGUCACAGAGGCACAACGCGGAGCUGCCACGAGGGAAGGUCGGGCCGACGCAGUAGAACCGGAAGAACUAGCAGAAAAGCUUACAGCGCUCAAAGACACCAUGGUCGCCAAGCUGACGAAGCUAUUCAAGAACCGCUAUAUGCAGGUCAACAAGCUCACGCUCGUCUCGCCCAAGCUCGCAGACGACCUCGCAGACCGCUCGACGGAACAAUAUUCCCACAUCGUCGCGUUUUUCCGUGCCUUGGCGGUGUGUCACUCGGUGUUGGCGGAUAAGCCCGAGCCGCAGGAGCGGCCUUACCAUUUGGAAUACAAGGCUGAGUCCCCUGAUGAGGCUGCACUGGUUGCUGCUGCGCGGGAUGUGGGCUUCCCUUUUGUGGGCAAGCACAAGGACACGAUUGACAUCGAAGUGCUUGGCCAACCCGAACGGUUUACGCAUAUGAAGACGCUCGAGUUCACAAGCACGCGUAAGCGGAUGAGCGUCAUCGUCCGUGCACCCGACGGGCACAUCAUCCUAUACUGCAAAGGGGCGGACAGCGUCAUAUACGAGCGGCUUGCUGCGAACGUGGACCCUGCUUUGAAGGAGAAGACGACCAAGGACAUGGAUUUUUUCGCUAACGGUGGUCUGCGCACGCUCUGCAUCGGUUAUAGAGUACUCGCGGAGGAGGAGUUCUUGCAGUGGCUGCGGAAGUACGAAGCUGCUCAGUCGACUAUUGACAACCGCGACGAGGCUAUUGAAAGUGCAGCGGCUGAGUUGGAACACUCAUUGCAGAUUCUGGGCGCUACGGCUCUAGAGGACAAGUUGCAGGAAGGGGUUCCGGAAGCUAUUGAAAUGCUCCAUCGCGCUGGAAUCAAGCUCUGGAUUCUCACAGGUGAUAAACUGCAAACUGCGAUUGAGAUUGGUUUCAGCUGCAACCUCCUGAAGCAAGAUAUGGAAGUCAUGAUCCUGUCUGCUGACACUCCUGAAGGCACUCUUGCUCAGAUCGAGGCAGGUCUUAACAAGAUGGCGUCGAUGUUGGGCCCACCUACUUCGAAAACAGUGGAACGCGGAUUUGUCCCUGGCACUAAGGCUUCUUUUGCGGUGGUUAUCGACGGUGAUACCCUACAUCAUGCGUUGACGCCUGCUAUCAAGCCUUUAUUCCUUAACCUUGGUACCCAGUGCGAAACGGUUGUAUGCUGCCGUGUCUCACCUGCACAGAAAGCAUUGACCGUAAAGUUGGUCAAGGAGGGUCGGAAGGCGAUGACGCUAUCCAUAGGAGAUGGUGCCAACGACGUCGCCAUGAUUCAAGAAGCCAAUGUUGGUUGUGGUCUGCUUGGACAUGAAGGUUCACAAGCUGCUAUGUCCGCGGAUUAUGCAUUUGGUCAGUUCAGGUUCUUGACGAAGCUGCUGCUCGUCCACGGGAGGUGGUCGUAUCAGCGUAUUGCCGAUAUGCACAGUAAUUUCUUCUACAAGAAUGUUAUCUGGACGUUGGCCAUGUUUUGGUUUAUGCCGUUCUGCUACUUCGACGCAACCUAUCUAUAUGACUACAGCUUUAUUUUGUUUUACAACCUCAUCUUUACUUCACUGCCUGUCAUCGUUCUCGGAUCAUUCGAUCAGGAUAUCAAUGCAAAAGCUGCCCUUGCUUUCCCUCAGCUCUAUGUUCGCGGUAUUAGAGGCUUGGAGUACACACGGACAAAGUUCUGGUUCUACAUGCUCGAUGGUCUUUACCAAUCAGCAGUCGUCUUCUUCAUCCCCUACUUGGUCUGGCAGCUUGGACUAGCCGUAUCAUAUAAUGGCAAAGGAAUCGAUUCGUUGGCGGACUUUGGAACGACCGUCGCGAUCGCUGCCAUUUUUGCAGCGAACACCUACGUCGGGAUGAACACCCACUACUGGACCUACAUCACUUGGAUCGUCGUCAUCGGGUCGUCCCUUGUCAUGAUCCUUUGGAUCGUGAUCUACUCGGUCCUUCCGGUCAACACCUUCUUCUCUUCCACGGAUGGGUUUAUAGACGAGGUGGAGAUCCUCUUCAGCAAUGUCACGUUCUGGGCGACGGUCGUUUUCUCCGUCUUGGUGGCACUGGCGCCCCGGUUCCUCAUCAAGUUUUUCAAAUCGACCUACAUGCCCUUGGAUAAAGACAUCGUCCGUGAGAUGUGGGUCGGAGGCGAUCUUAAAGACCGUCUGGGAAUCCGACACCGCAAGGAGUUGAAGAACAAACGUGUCGUUGACCUUGAGACUGCACCGAUGUUCCGCGAACCUCAUGCUCGUUCAGCGUCAGAAUUAGCUCUACAGCAAGUUUAUGAACCGACGGCUGCAAGAUCACUCGCAGGUUCUGACGCCAGUGGCAAGAGUCCUGAUGAUAACAGCGCAGAGCUAGUCCCCCAACACCCCUUUUCGCAUUCGCCGAACUCACACUCCCUGAGCCCUGAGCCUCCCGUUCCCAAACUAGAUUACUCACGCCAUGCUUAUUCCCCCUCCGCCAAGGCCGAGUCAUAUGAGCUGCAGGUGCGGCAUCCAUCCCCCCCCUCGCGUGAUUGGUCCCAAUCCCCUUCGGGUCUGCAGAAACCUACACAUCCUCAUCCCUCGGCGCCUGGCCAAGAACCCCUCGUUCAGCUUCAACCAGAGCCCUUUCAUGAUCCCGAUGCUGGAGAAGGUCGGUAUCGACCAAAAGAAUCCGAUCGAGAAGACCACGGAGACAUCUCAUGGGACGGGCCGCGGGUACUAUGACAUCUUAGACUUUUGGGCUGCCACAGAUGUCGAUGUAUCAUAAGAGAGACGUUGUGAAACUGUUGUACUCACCUUUGCUUUCGUUCUGACCUGUCUACAUCUUUAACGCUCUUCUGCGUUUCGCAUGGAUUAUCUUUGCCAGCUUCUUUUGGUAACAUUUUGCAUUUACAUGGACUCAUAGUCGGUACUGAGAUGGCCAUUCCUAUCUAUUAUCCUGCGCUUUUUCGCUGUCCAGGGUGAAGACUUUUGCACAAUUCUGAUCUAUUACAAGCCAUAACUUGAAACACAGGGAUAGCACUGGUCAUCGACUUCGUGUUCCUAGGAG